AUGCCUGGUUCAGGUCCAGCAGAGGUGUCCUUUCGCGCACUGCCACCGCCAGCCCCAACGGAGGAAUCUUCGGCACCACAGUCCCUGGAACACGACGACAGCUUCGUGUCCACGUCCUCGCCUGCAGGAACAAAUGGCCGAGGCGGGGAGGAUGACACUGCAGGAGAGAUAGCACGGGCGUCGUCCUCCGAUGCAAACGGAGGAAAACGCAAGAGGACCAUGCCAAGCUGCACUAACUGCUACAAUAGGAAAAUCAAGUGUUUAAAGGAGCAGCCUGUGUGCUCGGGCUGUAUCAAAAGAAAGACUUCCAAUACUUGCUACUACGUUGACCGGCGCGAGGCGGGUGCCAGUGAAUUGCCUCCCCCGCGCAAAGCGUCCAGUCAUGGUCAUCGUCGAGUGGGUCCCAACCACCAUGCGGCGAGUGCAUCGCAAUCGUUUCACGGCCAUGAUUCACCGGAUGUUUCUGGCAUCGCACCGUCAGGCGCAUCAAUAGACCUACGGGACAUGAGCAGCGACCAGAUGGAAAAAAUUGUCAAUCGAAUCGCUACAAUGGUCGCUGACAAGUUGCAGAGCGGCGGUGGCGGGUCCUCCUCAGCUUCCCCUUCCUCUUCCUUCAACCAAGGCAAACUCGUGCAAGUCAGUGUACCGCGCCAAUUUGGUACAGCAUCUGUGGCUCCGUCUAAUGAUGGGCUCCUGGCGGCUAGCCAGGCUCAUGCUAGCCAGCUCUCUGCAUAUUCCUCCGGCGGUAGCUGGUAUGGGCCGGUUGACGACACGUCUGUCAUGGAUGUUUUGUUACAGUUACCGAGCGACUCGGUUAUCGAUUGGGCCGUGCGCUUCUAUCUGGCCGAGCUAGAACCUUUCUACACCUGCUGCAAUGGCUGGAUCCUUCGCAAUCAAAUGUCGAAGCUUCAAGCGGCGCGCAAGCAACUGUUAUCCAACAGCUGCCCAACACAAGCUAGCUCUUUCGAAGGUCCAACACGUGCAGGCGACUUUCCAAGCCCCAUCCUACAAUCACAAUUAUUGAAGACAGUUUACGGCUCCGUCAGGCGCUCGUUCGAUGUUGACAGCAUCCAUCUAAGAACAGCGGAAGCAAAGAACCCCUCGGCCGCCCCACAGCUCGACCUCAGUGUGCUGGCGCUUCUCUUUGCGUUGCUCGGGCAGGUUGUGUACGCGCUUGACGAACGGGAAGUGGUGGAGCACGGCUUCUGCAGCGAUCCGUCUGAACGGAUCGAGCUGUCCAAGCGCUAUCUAGAGCUCUCCGAGGGGAUCUUGACAAUUUUGCUACUCAGUACACUCUUCUACAUGCAAUUCCGCAUCACUGCUGCACUCCUCAUGACGGGCGCGGCGAUCCGAUGCGCAGCGGCGAUGGGCCUGCACCGGCUCGGCAGCGCUGUUGAGGAUUCAAUGCGGUGGCAGACGCCUCUGCACGGCAAGGACGAAGUCAACGCGAGGGAGUUGCAGAUCGCCGAGGAGGCUGAGCAGACGAAAGGGUUACCAGCGUGGAGCAAGCCAGAUUGGCACAUGUCAAAAGUCCAGGAAUUCGCUUCGGGUGAUCAUGCCAGGCGCGAGCUGGGGAGGAAGGUGUGGUUCGGUCUCAUCACGCCUGAAUGGGCUAUCGCGCCACGUUUCGAUCAGUUCUACAUUGCGCAGCCGAAACUGUUCACGACAAAGCUGCCUGCCAAUUUGACAGACGAGAUGCUGCAAGACUUGCAGCCGUUCAGUGUCCUGCCGCCCAUCGAUGCUGCGUUACCGACAGAUAGGGCGUACAUCGAGACGCAUUUGCUUCUCGCGGAUGUCUGCCGACGCUUUACGGAUCGCGUCAGCCAGGAAGGCAUGUCGCAUGAGAUUGCCAUGCACGCCGACGCAGAGGUGCGAUCUAUACUCAACACGCUGCCGUGGUUCUACUUGUUCGACCUCCCCGGCGAGAGCGGAGAAAGGCUCAAAGCAGUUAUGACGCAGCGACCCGUGACAUCUGUCCAACGCGUGCUGGCGCACGAACAGAUAUGGCACCUGCUUCUGCGCCUCAAUCGGUCGUUCAUGGGACGGGGCUUUAGUGAUCCGAUGUACGCUCAUUCGACGCGGACAUGCAUCGAGGCGGCGCAGUUUAUCAUAGCAGUCUAUGAUGAACUGCAGCGCGCCAAGAGCCGUGCUCUCAAUCUAUGGUAUGUCUCCAUCCAUCUCUUCCACGCUGCCAUCGUACUAUCGAUCGACCUAGUACAUUCAGCCGCGGGACCCAUAACGCCAGAGAUAGCGGAAAAGCAGCGGGCAGUCAAGAGCGCGAUCGAGUCACUCAAAUCCACCCGCAUGGCGCAGCCCAAGCCUGGCUUUGAGAAACCGCCACUGGCGGACUUGAUCGAGUUCAGCAAGAAGGAACAUCAGCUGCGCGCGUCAUGGGAGGAUCGACAGCGCCAGCCGGUGCAACAGCAGCAAAAGGCUCAGAGGCAGCACCCUGCUGCUGUUGUUACCCCUGAUAGCAACACGUCGAGCAUAGGGAGCGACAGCAUUCACAACGGCUCGACGUCAAGCAUUGCCCAUCCUUGGGUCAGCGACGGCGGUACAGCUGGAAAAGCCCCAGCGCCUGCUCAUGCUUCAACAUCAACUACAGCGAUACUGCAAGACGACUUUGAAAAGAUCUUACGCGGCUUCCUCAACAUGCCUUCGCCCCCCUCAACUGGCGCCGCGAUUGACGACUCAGGGCGUCCCAGUAAUAGUCAACAGUAUCAACAGCAGAAUCAGCAUCAAGUGCUUCAGCAGCAGGCGUACCAGCAGCAGAUGUUUGAGCCGCCAUCCGAGGUGCACAUGUUCUUGCAAGAGCUGUUCACGCCUGCUGUUCAGAUGUAA